CUAUGGUGACAUGCCAGCUCACAACCUUCUCUGGAGGGACUGUGAGAAGUCGGCCAAUCACGUGCAAGACAGGCUGGCAGUCAUUCCCAUGGUGCAGGAAGCGAGGGGGUUGGACGCGGGGCCACGGCUGGUGGAGAGGCUGGUGGGGUUGGGAGAUAACAGGAGUGCAGCGGUGGUGGACAAGAUAGCCCAGGAGGAGGUGGCACACGUUGCUGUUGGGGUGGCGUGGUUUGUCUGGGUGUGCGAGCGCAUGGGCGUUGACCCACAGAUGUCGUUUACUACUGUGAUCCGAUCGCUGUGUGCUGAUGGCGUGAAAGGGCCGUUCAACCAUGCAGCUCGUGCCACUGCUGGCCUGCCACGCCCUUGGUACGACCCCCAACCACCCGCCACUGCUGCCCCUCUCGAUACAGUCACAUCAAGCACUGCCACUGACACAACUGCUCAAGUCACACCUGCUUCAGUCACACCUGCUGCAGUCACACCUGCUGCAGUCACACCUGCUGCAGUUACAUCAGCUCAUGACUCCUCAUUGGAUUCGUCUGGAGGAGAAGGGGCAAAGGAGGGAACUGAAAUGAUGGUGGAAAAACGGCGCUCGGGGCAGGAAGAAGUGGGCAAGAAAUGGAGAAAGAUGAUGAGCGGGCAGGUGAACCGGGCAGCCCGGGAAAAAAUGCGGGAUCAGCUGCAGAGGAAGGCAGCUCGCAUCGAAGCCCACAUCCAACGGUGUGAACGGCUCCUCCAAUCAGACAGCGCCACGGCAUCAACAUCCACCUCAUCCCUAUCAACAUCGAAAGAAGAGCGCGCCUCACCUGCUGAUGUGCUCGGAUUUUCCCUUUCCUCCUCCUCUCCCUCCUCCACCUCGUUACCACUUCCAAUCUCACCUGCCCUUCAAGAAUCGGCAUCCCUACCUUUGUCUCCAUUGUCUGAUCAACCAUCGGCCCCGCAGCAGCAACUUCCUGAGAGUGUUGAGAAAGAGGACUCUCCUUUGCAUCCCCCUUACAAGCUGUCUCCUCAAGUGAAACAGGACCUGAAGCAGCAGCACAAUCAUUCCCUGAAGCAGCUUUCAGAG